AUAACUGCACUUUUCAUCUACUUGCCGGUUAUGUCUUAUUUUUCAUAAUUAAAUUAUCAUAUUUAAUUUUAACAAUGACUAAAUUGGAAAAGCAAAAGGAAAUAGUCUCAAUUACACAUUUCAUAAAUCCUCAUCUAUUUUGGUUCCAUAAAAUUGACGCUUGUAACGACGACUAUCGGAGUAUACUGGAAAUUGAACGGGAACUUGCAGAAUACUACAAUGAUCACCAAGCAUGGACAAAGGCGCAACGCCGUCCACCCAUAAAUGCCAUGGUAGCUGUUAAAUUCUUAGCUUGGAAUAAAAUGAUACGUGCACGUGUCGAUCAUAUUGCUGGCUUCGGCAAGAACGUUGCCGGGGGCGAAUUUGUAAUGUGGGCCAUAGACUAUGGGUUUCCUUUCCAGACAAAGACUGAUCAAAUUUAUAGACUACCCGAAAAAUUGACUACGCCUAUUAAUUAUGUACGUUGUGGCGGCUUGCUCAACGUCCUUCCAGCUGAAAAUUUUUUUAUGAAGAAUAUGAUGGUCAAGACAAUUUCAAAUAAAUGGGAUCAGCGGGCUUGUGAGCUUGUUGAGAAGGCUAUAAAUGAUUCUGAAUCCAUAAUGUUCAUUAAAGAAUAUAGUCUGAACGGACAGGAGUGGGGAGAACUUGUUAUUAAAACGAAUAUGGGUGUUAAAUAUCGUGUAAACGAUCACUUAAUAUCGUUGCAUUUGGCUGCUGAUGCUGGACCAAAUUUUCGCGAGGAGUGCUUAAAAUUAAAAACUAAUAAGAUUUUUCCAUGGAUGUGCAAUAAUGGUAGUAGUAAAUUUCAUACAAAUCGCGCAUAUCUGUAUCCUGCAGUUGUUGGCAUAACCCAUACUGAAAUUAAAUGUCCCAAAUUGGAGUGUGACAAUGCUGCAAAGCAAAAAGUUGAAGAGUGGUAUGAGCGAAAUCAGUGUUCGUCUGGGCAUGAGGCAGGUCUCCUCGAUACCACAACUGAGUACACAAUGACGGAGGGAUCAGUGAUUGACGCUGUGUCCAUUCGGAAAUACGAUCAGCUACUAGAAGCCGAUCUAACUAAAAUAGAGGAACAUGAGGAAAAUCAGCACAUGCAGCUGGCCGGUGUAUUAUCAAAAUCGCGAGUGGAAAAAUUUGUUGAAGGGAAUGAACGCGAACCCCCCCUUCCAGACAACUUAGAUUUUGAUAUGAAAGCUGGUAAUACGAGAUCCAAUCAAACUAUAGAAACCACAGACAGUGAAAUAAGCGCAAUUAAAUAUAUACAUUUGGAUGAUUCCACCGCAAAUACCACCGAUGUUUUUCAUUCAAAAAAGACAUCUCGUGACAACAAAAAAUAUAGUCCCACCAAUGUCAAUCCUUGGACGGCUACAACAUCCACUAAAUCAAUUUCCGAUGAAGGCAAAUAUGACCCCGAAAACAAGUCAACAACAAAAAUUACUGAAAAUUUACAAAAGUUCGAUGAAAUUUCUGUAGUACAAGAGGACAUUGGUUCAUUUGCAGAAUAUUUAAUCACAUUACGAAAUCAGUAUCUUGAGAGAAAAUCAGGCAAACAAGUAAUAAAUGAAAAUACCAACGUGCUACCAAGAGAGGCAAAGCAGUCGAAAGAUGGUAUUAAUUUAAAAUUUACAACGUUGACAAAAUCAAAAAGAAGUGGCAAACGUGAAUCAAAAGAUUUAAACACAACUUUCCAUGGACUACGAAUGAUUCCCGCUGGAUAUGACUUUAUGAAUUUGCAUGACUACAAUGAUCAAGAUCAUUGGCAUUGUAAGAAGAGUACGAUAAAUGAUCGUGUACCCCACAAUGAAAUUGAUUUACAGGAUUUUGGUAACCGUACAUUCUCUUAGACCACUACACAUUUCAAGGACUGCCAGUACUGGAAGCCUUUGUUUUCAUAUACAAUAUAUAUACGUAUGUAGUAUGUAUAAAGGUUAUAA